CCAUCAGACCAAACUGCUUCACUUCAACAAGAAAAAAAAAGUUAUUUUUUUUUUUAUCGUUUUCUCUUCUAUUUCUGGGCUUUCGUCAAAAUCGUCUCUUUUACAUUGUAUCUUCCAUUAUAGCAUCGGAUUUGCAAAUGGAUCAAGAAAUAGAGGUUCCUCCUUUCUUCCUUUGUCCGAUCUCUCUAGAGAUCAUGAAAGAUCCGGUGAUUGUCUCCACCGGAAUAACUUACGAUCGAGAGAGCAUCGAAAAAUGGUUGUUUUCGGGCAAGAACAAGACUUGUCCGGUGACAAAACAAGCCGUGACUGACACCGAUCCCACACCGAACCAUACUCUCCGCCGCCUGAUCCAAUCUUGGUGCACUCUCAACGCUUCUUAUGGUAUCGAGAGGAUCCCCACUCCGAAGCCACCGAUCUGCAAAUCGGAGAUCGAAAAACUCAUCAGAGACUCAGCUUCGUCGUAUCAAAACCAGGUAAAGACCCUCAAACGACUUCGUCAGAUACUGUUGGAAAAUGCCACUAACAGGCGUUGCUUGGAAGCGGCGGGAGUUCCCGAGUUCUUAGCAAAGAUCCUAAGAGAUUCCAUCGACAGUUACAACUCUUCCUCAUCGCCUUCUGCAUCGAAUCUUAAUGAUUUGUGUUACUCCAACAUGGAAAACGGGUUUGAUUCUUCGAAGAGUUUGACUGAUGAAGCUCUCAGCUUACUCUACAAUCUCGAGACGUCGGAAUCUGUCCUCAAGAAUCUUGUAAACAACGAGAAUGGUAUUGACAUCGUGCAAUUGCUGACAAAGAUUAUGCAGUGUGGGAUCUACGAGUCGAGAGCCUAUGCGAGUUUGCUUCUCAAGAACAUUCUUGAAGUUGCAGAUCCAAUGCAGAUCAUUGUCCUAAAAACCGAGAUCUUCACCGAGGUUUUCCAGAUCUUACACGACCAGAUCUCGCACAAGGCGACAAAAUCGGCGUUGCAGAUCUUGGUUAACAUAUGCCCAUGGGGAAGGAACAGGCACAAAGCCGUAGAAGCCGGAGCAAUCUCAGUAAUCAUCGAGCUUCUAAUGGACGAAACAUUCUCGUCGGUGAGGAGGAUUAUAGAAAUGGUAAUGGUGGUUCUUGAUUUGCUUUGUCAAUGCGCAGAAGGACGAGCAGAGUUCUUGAAUCAUGGUGCGGCCAUAGCCGUAGUAUCGAAGAAGAUACUUAGGGUUUCACAGACAGCCAGCGAGAGGGCGGUUAGGGUUUUGUUGUCGGUCGGGAGGUUUUGUGCGACAGCAUCCUUGCUGCAAGAGAUGUUGCAGCUUGGGGUCGUGGCAAAGCUGUGCCUUGUGCUUCAAGUAAGCUGUGGGAACAAGACGAAGGAAAAGGCAAAGGAGUUGCUUAGAUUGCACGCUAGGGUUUGGAGGGACUCGCCUUGUCUUCCAAGAAAUCUGGCUUCUUCAUAUCCGGCCUAAGAGAAGGAAAAAAAAACGAAAACAUUUGAUUCUCAUAUGAAAUAGGGCAAUUAAUCGGUCUUUUUUAGUUUAUUCCGGUCGCCUUUCGUUUCUUUUUUUUGUUUAAACGAUGAUGUAGAUAACAUUGGAAAUUGUUCAUGAAAUUAUUGGAACCCCUAGAGAGAGAAAUCAAUGAAUUCACGAGAUGUUGUUAUGGCGAAUAUGUUGUUGUUAAUGUGUAUCCUUUCUUUUGUUUGCCCACUUGUUCAUUUAUUACGUCGAAGGCUUUCAUUUUAUGUGUUUUUUUUAAAUUUAAUUGUGAAAUUAAUAAUGAGUCUUG